UAUAAGGUAUGUAUGCAAGUGCGUCAUGAUCAGACUUGGAGUGCAAGCAGAAGGGGUUAUAAUAAGAACAAGAUGAGGUACCCUGUAGAAGGAAACACUCAUACACGCAGAGGGAGAGAGAGAUGGAAAUGAUGGAGGAUGUGGUGAUAGUCGGAGCAGGAAUUGCAGGGUUGGCAACUGCAGUGGCUUUGAAAAGAGUAGGGGUUCGAGCCCUUGUGUUAGAGAGAUCAGAAGGGCUAAGAGCCACAGGUGCAGCCUUGACUCUAUUUCCAAAUGCUUGGCUUGCCCUUGAUGCUCUUGGUGUUUCUCACAAUCUCACCCCCAUUUAUGCUCCUUUAUUGAAGGGAUAUGUAACCAAUGUUAGUACUGGAGAUGUUCAACAAGUCCUCGUCCGAGUGGCCAAUAACGGGGGCGAUGGACAUGGAAUUAGGACAAUUCACCGCAAAGCACUGUUAGAGGCACUGGCAGAGGAAUUGCCGGUUGACUCAAUUCAAUUCUCUUCCAAGCUAGCUGUCAUUGAAAAUGAAGAGCAAGGCGGUGCUUCCAUUGUUGUUAUACAUUUGGAAGAUGGAACUACAAUCAAAUCUAAGGUUCUGAUAGGCUGUGAUGGGGUGAACUCGGUGGUGGCACGUUGGCUAGGACUGGCAGAACCUGUCCAUUCAGGGCGGUCAGCUGUGCGAGGUUUAGCAGUUUUUUCUCAAGGCCAUGGAUUUAAGCAAGAAGUUCAUCAGUUUGUGGAUGUGGGCAAAAGAGCUGGUUUUUUUCCUCUUAAUGACAGAGAACUUUACUGGUUUUUAACCUGCAACGGAGAUAACAUGACGGGAGAUCCCGAACAAAUACAGAAACAAGUACUUGAGAAAUAUGCAGAAAAGUUUCCUUCAUCAUUCCUAGACGUGGUCCGGCAUGCUGAUCUUUCAACGUUAACAUGGGCACCGUUGAAGUUUAGGCAGCCAUGGGGGAUCAUAUUUGGAAAGCUAAGCAAAGGAAAUGUGACAGUAGCUGGUGAUGCUAUGCACCCCAUGACUCCUGACCUAGGACAAGGCGGUGGUUCAUCACUAGAAGAUGCUGUGGUAUUGGGCAGACACAUUGGCAAUUCAGUUAUAAACAAUGGAGGGCUGAUUGUUCCGGGAGACAUGGCUAAAGCCAUAGAUGAUUAUGUGAAGGAAAGGAGGUGGCGUGCUGCUUUUCUUGUCACAGGAUCAUAUUUAGCAGGGUGGGUGCAGCUCGGUGGAGAUAAAUGGUGGAUGAAAUUUUUAAGGGAUGGAAUAUUUUACAAGUAUCUUUUAGGCAGGAUUUCUGGACUUGUGCAUAAAGAUUGUGGCAAACUUCCUGCUAUGUCCUUCGGUGAUAUGGAUCACUCAAGUAAGAAGGACUAGAUUCAAUUUUGGCAUAUAGAUUCUGCAGAUGAGUGGUUUCAGACAAUGGCCCUCAAUUACUAGUUAACGUGUCUUUUUUAUAUUAUUUGAUUACUGUCUUGAGA